AUGGCUUUGACAAUGGAGGUUUUGAGCUUCAGAAAAAUGAUGAUGAUCAUUGUCAUGAUCAUGAUGAUUGGAAACAUGGCACAAUCUGAGCUUCACCAUGUUGGAGGGAACAAGAUUAGUUGGUCACCCAAAGUUAACUUGUCAGAAUGGUCAAGUCAUGAGAACUUUCACGUGGACGACUGGCUAUACUUUGGAUAUGAUAGGUACAUGUACAAUGUGCUGGAGGUGAACGAGACUAGCUACAAAAACUGCAUGGAGACAAAUUUCAUUAAGAAUGUAACUGGGGGCGCAGGAAGGGACGUGUUUCACCUGCAAGAGGCCAAGACCUAUUACUUCUUAAGUAGAGGAGGUUUCUGUUUGAAGGGAAUGAAAGUUGCCAUAAAUGUUACUGAAAAUAUUGCAGCCACUCAACCACCUGUUCCACCAAAAAAUAAUGCUUCAGAUGCUCGUGGCAUUCAGUCAUUGUGUCAUGGGAGGCUGAACUAG